AAUGCCCAUUUCGAUUUAAUGAUCUUAUUCAAUUCUGACAACACCCCAUGAGAUAAAAUACCUUUCUUGACAUAUGAUACACAACCACCAUGGUAAAAGAAUCACCAACUUUUGUCCACCCUUUAUAACGCGGAGCAUAAUUUUCCCACACAUUCGAUCCAACUUCUCAUUCUAUCUACACUAGCUUAUACCCUUUCUCAUGAGCCCGUUAAUGGCGAGGAAAAAGGGGAGAGGCAGCAUAGAUGAAUUGGCGGCGGUGAAAGCGGCUGCAUGGGCAUGGUACGAACGUGGAUCCGGGUCGGAGGGGAAGCAAAUGCCGGAGUUCGAUGUUAUGAGGACUCGUCGAGCCCCUAGACCGUCAAUUUUCAAGCUAGAGGCUAUGAGAAUAGCCCAAGAAGUUGUUGUGGAGGGGGAGGGGUCACAAACACCGAGUUCGAUCCAUACUGAAAAUUCUCUUCUCGAUAGGUAUGAAAUUGAGAGCAUUUCCCGACGACUGGAUUGCCUUAUAGAAUCCAGUACUUUCAGUGACGACUUCCAUAGAAAGCUCGUAGGCGGAGAUGAUGAUCGCCUGCAAGAAAACGUGAUCACACCAGUGGACAAGGAUACUAGUACUGGAAUAUUGAAGAAAAAGAAGAAGAAAUUCAAAGGGUUUUGGCUAAGGCAUGCGCCUACAUGUGGCACAAGCGAAGAUGUGGCGGAUGCAAGAGCUUUGAUCAGCCUCAGAAUCAGGGAUAGCCGGCAACCUCAAAAGUAGUUAGGCUUCCUACCCGUCGUCCACGGCCCACGUACCCAUGCCCGAUGAUUGUCGGAAAGUUCAACUGUUUCUGAACUAGUUCGAUAUAUGCUGUAACUGUAGCUUCCUAGCUAGGCUGUACUUUGCCAAGAGGUUUUACGUAGAGUAGGUGACUCAACAAUUAAACGAUCGAUCGAUCUGCAGAGAAACUGUACGUGUUCCAGCAGAAGCUCUUUUUUGAACAUGAAAUAUCGACAAUCAAUUGUUGUUUAAUUAAAGACUAAAGUCAUUUCAUUCGUGUACGUUGCUGUUGCCAUGUAUUUGGAAGAGACAAAAGAGGGACCUGUUGGACGAAGGCCCUCUUGCCUCUUGGACGGUACAAAUUUGUUUUUUCCUUCAUUUUUAAGUGUAUGGUUUAAAAUGUUGUCGGGUAAAAAAUAAUAAUAAUAAUAUCAAAAUAU